GCACGGGACCAGAUUACAACAAGAUGCUGGCGCACGAGGCCGUCAAAACCGCGAACAUGUUUAGUUCACUGACCAAGACCAACAGCAUGGGUGGAAGCAGCACCGCUAGUGCCAGCAGCGGCACGCCCACGUCCUCGACUGCCAGCUCCAAGAAAAAAUCCAAGAGUAAAAAGAAGAAAACCAAGACCAAGACGGACGACGCGUCUACUGCAGACAACAAGAGCCCAGCCGAACAGGAAGAGAAUCCGUCGCAAUUGCCGCUCGCACGACGGCUAGAAGUGGCAGCGGCCAUCCCCGACACCCACGCGGCGCUCGUGGGACUGCUAGGCUGGAGCAGACUCUACGUGCACACAGAUACCAUCCUCACUUUCUUUCAGAGCGACGCGCUGUGUCUGCUGCUGGGCAACUUGCUCUGCUCCCGUCCUGCUGCUACUGUUCUGGACAACCUCGAGGCUUUGCUAGCCAACUGCCUCUCCGUCGAGAGCAGUUCUGAGCCGACGGACGCAGCACCUCAUCGACAAAUGGCUGGAGAGGUCGUGGCAGCUGUAAGAGCCAUUGCAGACCAAUCACAGGGGGACGUGGAGGACGCAGAUGAUGUUAAUGCAGAGGCCGAACGCGCUGCAAAGAGCUUGAGUCGAUUGGUGCGGGCGCACGCGCUGUCACUGCAUGGCGUGGACCUGGACUCGCCGCUGACGAAGGAUGUCCAGGAUCUGGAGGCUAAGAUCGCACAAGUGACCAAUGCAGACGAAGCUGUGCGUGGUCAAACAAUCCGGGAAUCGUUCCAGCGACGUGAUCUACGUAGCGACGCGUUGUCACUACAUGAAAGACGUCUACAGCAGCUCACCAAGCUGGUCGAGGAGCGAGUCCGCAGCUCUGAACAGCAGCAUCAAGCAGAGGAGGAAGCAGAGGAAGACGAUGAUAGCCCCGAGGAUAAUACACACACCGCAGAAGACGAGACUCUGAUGCAAGAGGUGACCAAGUCUCUGCAGGAUAUGCAGGACCGCAAGGACGCAGAGCUGGCGCCUCUACGCACAAAGAAGACCGCAGCGAGUGCUGAGGUGCAGACGUUACGUCAGAAACAAGAGGAGCUUGAGACGCAGUUGCGUGCCGUGAAGAGUGAAUUGCAACGCGCAGUUGGAGAGCAGCACCAAGCGGACGAGGAUAUGCGUGCAGUUGAAGAGCGCUUCAUCGCUGACACUGCGCGCUUCCGCGCCGAGCACCAACACGUCACGCGGCGAUUCUCCCGCGCGCAACGUCGUCGCGUCAUAUCGACCGAGGUGAGCCGAGUGGAGAGUGAAGUGCGUCAGGCACGACUCGCCCACAGCCAAGUGCACACGCUUCGUGCCAAGCAAACAGCUUGUAUUUCCCAGCAACUGGAGGCCUCACUCAACUAUUUUGAAAGCGAAUUGCCUUGUGUCAAGUUUAUGAUGUCGCGGGUGGAGGAAAACGAAGCGAAGCUGGCUCCGAUGCGUGGCGAGAUCGCCUCGUAUCGAGCGUUAGGCGUCUCAGCUGUCGCCGAGGAGCUCGAAGAGAAGGCUGUCGAGAUCGAAGCGCAUGUCGAAGAGGACCGGAAUUGUCUGACUGCGCUGCACAAGCGAGAUGAAGAACUGCUGGAUAGUAUGCGCCGCAUAUUGACGGAUUCAUCCUUACGUGACGCCCUGGCUGGUGUUGAAGAGAGGAUCAAACACGAGUCGCAGCGUAUGAUCGACUAUGUCAGCAAACUGUACGAGGACAGCAGCAGUCACCUGGCUAAAGAGUUAAAGAGCAAUGGGACGAUCGGCUCCAAGAAGCAGUAGGGCAGCCAGUUUUAAAAACAACUGACAUUUCAUUGUUC